AUGGGUUUCCCCAUGGGAGGUUUCUUGUGGCCAAUAGGCCUUGUCGAUUCAAUAUUCCGGACACUUGAUAUCUGCCAGUGGGACUGUCAUGUUUUCGGCCCACCAGCCUUGGUAGUGAUAGUCCCGCACGUAGUACUGCUCGUGUUCUAUUCAAUAGACAUGAAAGUGGUCGGGGUCAUCCCACACUAUCUCAUGAUGUCCUUUGUCAUCGCCGUGGUACUUGAUGCCCAUCAGGCAGAAUAUGUUGUUAUCGACGUCCUCAGCCGUCUCGAUGUGGUUGCUUACCUCGUCACUCAAAGCUGCUCUGGAUCAUCCUGGGGAACAUGGAUCCCAAAGCUGGGAAGGCCGGGUGGUUUGUUUGGACACAUGCCCCAACUCUCCGCAGAUGAAACAUCUACCCUCAGUCUGACGGUGCUCCUGCUCUUUGGGACUCAGUCCCUUGCCGGUGGGUCCUUUUUGGGCACCCUGGGUGCUAUUGGUUUCAAGGUCAUUUUCUUGCUCUUAGAGCGUCUCUUAGCGGAUUUCUUAGGUCUCAGCUUUCGGCUUCAUCCAUCACUCGAGCUUGACGAGCUGGACGAGCUCGAUUCUGAGCUAGACAAUGAAUCGUACCCGUCAUCUGACCUUUUCCUAUCCAGGCGCCCGAGGGCCUGGCCUAUGUUCCAUUGCCUUUGGGGUGGUCAGCUUGAGGAGACUAGUACACAAGUAUCAACCAUCGUCUACAAGCUGUAA